CGUCACCCUCCGCACGGUGUGGAGCUACAGUCUGCGGUGUGGACUCGGGGCUGUGACGCGUUCUCCCCCGGUCGGUGGCAACUUGUGUGUCCGCUAGCGCAGUGUCUGCCCAUGGGCGCCGCUGCUGACACGCGCCGCUGCUCUCGGUGCCCGGUGCGCCUCUGCGGUCCGUUCGGGACGGUACCGGGCUCCGCGCUUUUAUGAAUGAAUAACGAAGGGGGAGGACAUGCGAAACUCAGCAACAGCAGCAGCAGCAGCAGCUCCCGGGGGGGGCAGCCGCUGAUGAGAGGGAUUAACCACCGAGCGGAGCCGCGGCUCGUUGCGGAAAAAGCCGUGUCUGACUGCAGACUGGCGAGGAGACGCACCGUGAGGGGACCGGGCUCCGCAGCAUAGAGCAGCAGCAGCAGCAUAGAGCAACAGCAAACACCGAGGUUACACCAUGUCCAUCCACAUCGUGGCUCUGGGCAGCGAGUGCCCCGGAGGAGUCGGGCCAGGGGAGGAGAUCAUGGGCCAGGGACAGCUGCAGGGGGGCCUGCUGUGGAGCUACCUGGGUCAGGGCGCGCUGGUGGGACCCUGCGACCUGGAGAGCAGCCUCCACAACCCGGCGUUCAUGGAGUACACCUCGCGUGUGUUCGGAGACGUCACCGUGGUGGUGCGGGAUUGUCCCAGCUGGGACUUGUUGGACAGCGACUGGGCCAGCGUGCGCAAAGUUCUCGAGCAGGCAGACAUCCUGGUCAUUAAGUAUUCAGUCACUGACAAGCUGGCGUUCCAGCAGGUCAGGAACGGCUACGCCCCGAGACUGCGCCCGCUGCUGAGGCACUGGGGUGUACCGGUCAUCCUCGUUGCCAUCGGAGCGCGGCUGAACGACGAGGGUCCCCCCUGUACGUGUCCGCUGUGUGCGUCGGACUGGAGCAGCUGUGUGCCUCACAGUGAGGGUCUGCAGCUGUCCCGGGACCUGGGGGCCACCUACCUGGAGUUGCCCUCUCUCAAUCACGUCUUCGUUGGGCGCUACUUUGGCAGCGUGCUGGAGUAUUUCAUGAUCCAGUGUCUGAAACACAAAGCCAAAGAGAGGCCGGAGAAGAGGCGAGGAAACAAAGUGAACGAUCUUCGACCCCCUCACUUAGAACAACCAGCUCGUCUUCCUCCCAUCCGUGUGGAGGAGUCCAGCUUCUCCCAGGACAUGCAGUGGCUGUUGGAGCGUGGCGUGCAGUUCGCGGACGUGGCUUUCUACGCCGGCGAAUCGGGGAAAGAACUGGGUUGGGCCCACGCGGCUGUGCUGUGUGCUGUCAGCCCCUACUUCAGACAGCUGCUCCUGGGGCCUAAGACCAGGGAACGGCCACAGUCGCGUUGUGUUUGCAGAGAGCGGGAUGGAGGCCCCCCCUCACUGCUCUCCACCUGGGACGGGGGGAUUAUUGAUGACAUGCCACGAUCGGAGGGGCACCUGACAGGACGACUCUCCCGGCUGGUGGUGAAGGACCCCCUCCUGUGUAUGUGCUUGUGGGAGACGCUCAUGUUUAUUUACAGAGGAGCGUGGGAGUGGGAGCACCUCCAGGAGGCUCUGGAAGAGAAGCUGAAGAGCUCGCUGGCUGUUGCUCAGCUUAUGGAGCGCAUACGAUCUCUCAUCGGGAAAGAAAGGGGCCCCAGGGAUACCCCUAGCGCGCGGGCAGCUCAGCUCGGCCCCCAGACGCUCGUCAACCUCUUCAAUUCUCCUCUCUACUCAGAUGUCAUCUUCAUGGUGCAAGGGAGCGUGUUGCCGGCCCACCGGGCGGUGCUGGUGGCGCGCUGCGAUGUCAUGGCGGCAAUGUUCAGUGGAAAGUACGCAGAGGCCCGGAGCCGAGUGGUGCCCAUCCACGGAGUCUCCUCAGAUACCUUCCUCUCCUUCCUGGAGUACCUCUACACUGACUCCUGCUGUCCUUCCAGUGUGAUGCAGGCCAUGGCCGUGCUGGUCUGUGCCGAGAUGUACCAGGUGAAACGUCUGCAGCACCUGUGUGAGGUGUGUGUGUGCGCCUACCUUCAGAGCAUGCCCAGUAGAGAGCUGGCUUCCACAGGGAUCAGCGUCGUGCGACUACUCCGCAGAGCAAAGUGCCACAACGCAGAGCAGCUGUACGUCUGGCUCCUGCACUUCAUCGCCAACAACUACCUGAUCUUCAGUCACAAACCGGACUUCCUGGAGCUCUCAGAUGAGGAGCGGGAGCAGGUAGAGAGGCUACGCUGGCCGUCCAGAGGCUACCUGCAGGAGCUCAGCGAGUACCAGCAGCGGCGACGCAAACUACGCAAGUCCCGCUGCAUAGUCAUGUGACCCCAGCAGGCUGGUUCCAGUGGCCUGUUGAGAAAAAGCAAAGUUGGGGAUUCAAAAGGAGGAAACAACAAACUGCUCGUCAAAAUGUGGAGGAAACAGUGGAAACAAUGUGUGUGCUGCUGGAUAGAGGGCUGACUCUGGGCCAGGAACAUGUCACGAGACUCCUUAACCAAUCGGACAGCGUCGUAUGUACAGUGUGUCGGGUGGAGACGUGCACCGCCGCGACAUGCCUCUCCUCCCCAGAAGGAAUGUGUGUGUGUGUCCUUUGCAUACUGACUAUUCCAUUGAGGGCAAUAAGAAAUGACUGAUCCUUUAAAGCCAAUGUGAAUUUAAAAUGACUGUCUGGUCACUGGCCAGUGGCUCCGUGAGUGAAAGAUAAUUCUAUUUCUAUUGGCUGCUGCAAAAUGGAGGAUUCUGGAGACAAACACGGACACAAAAUGGCUCCAUCACAAGUACAAAUAUACCGAAUCAAACCACCACACAUGAGGUCACACAGCCGCCCGGGAGCACGUGUGGACGUCAUUAACAGGUUGAAUGAAUCCGACACACGCUGGACUGUUCCGUCUUGAAAUAAACCCACGAAGACCCACAAUGCAUCUGUGUCCCGUUGGAUCUCAAGAAUGUGAUCAUCUGCAGCAUUUCAUCCGGAGCUGAACUAACUCGUGAGCCGCUAACUUCUCAGCGAGUUAUUUCAUGUGAGCGGUGACCUACAUUAACACAGGGAGCAGCGUGCAGAGCAACUGGUAACGCUGCCGCUCGCCCAGUCAAACUCAUUUUCCUCUGUAAUGUAACACGGCUGCAGUUAGGCAGACGAGCAGGACCAAUUUAAUUAUAAUUCUUUUAUUAGAUUCCUUCAGAUCUAUAGAAAGACAUCAGUGAGCGCCUCAGAAUCAGACUGAUGUUAUUACAGCGUGCGGUGGAAUACAUUCUGCCCCGAGUCCUGUGUCAAACGAGGCCAUUUCACUUUCACUGAGAAAUGACUGGCGAAUUACACUCCGACAUUAAACCGCUCACAUUGCCUCUGCAAGUUAAUGUGAAAUCACGUAGAAACUACUCCUUAUAUAUCUGCAAUAACAAAUAAUAAAAAGAUCUGUCUGCGGCACAAACAGGCUAAAGCCUUUUGGAGCAUUCACUUGUACAGAUUUAGGAAAUACAACCAUAUCAUGAAGAGGGAUGAGUGUAAUCAGUCAACUCUGAUUUAACGCUGCUAGCCUCAUGAGUCAGCACCAGAAAUACUAGUCUGUUAAAUAAAUGAUCACCUCCGCCAAGAAGGUUAAGUUUUCACUAGAGAUGCUCUGAUACCAGCUUUGAAAACGCCUCUGAUCCAGCAUCGGCAAGUACAUGAAUCUACAUUUGAUCCAUUGCCAUGUUUUUAAAUUAUAUUAGUCUGCAAUUCUCUUUUCCUGGAAAUCACUUCUUCUUCACCACUCCAAACAAGGCCCACAAGUCAAAUGAAUAAAGAGGAUUUUUAAGGGGUGGCACUAGCGAUGCCAUUUACAACACUUGAUGAUGAUAGCAUCCAUCACUUCCAUACGGGGUUAGUAGCGGUUUUAGUUUUUGAAAUACACCGUUAUCAAGAAAAAAGGCAUCGGAACAUUUCUUGUUUUACUCUGCGUCUCUCCGUUGCUUUAUUUAUUAGCAGGAUUACACGAAAACUACUGAACCAGUUUUCCACCAAACUGGUUGGAGGGAUGGAGCUGAGCCUUGGUCUGAGAAGAACCCUUUACAUUUUGUUGCAGAUGUGGAUUUAGUUCCAGCCUUCAGGAUUUUAUUUUACAUGUCAUGUGUAGGAUUGUUCAAAUGUGGCGGAGGUAUGUGCUCUACUGAGUGCCAUUCGAAUUUUUACAGUUCUCAUGUACAGCAGCGGCUAACUGUUGAGUGUCAGAUGCUAAGCAGCCGCCUGCUGCCUGCCACUGGAAAGCGCUGCAGCCCCCAGCAGACAGCAGGCCCGCCGUCCCCAUGCUCAUGCCUGGAUGUCGUGAGCCAGCACUGGGCACAGUGGGACAAGCGACACCUUCUAAAACCAACACGUUGUGGCAGAAUCUUCCUCUAGAAAAAAAUAAAGUUGUGUGGUUGCUGUGACAGAAUAAACAGGAAGGGAUGCAUAACUACAUUCGGCACAGACACGUGCACGUUCGCCUGCGAGGUGAAAAGGCGGCUGGUGUUGGCAAUGCUAACGACAGCCACAUUCUGCAACCUAAUAUGAAGUCCGUACAUGCUGUGAUCCAGAUUAAAUCCUGUUCAAUUUCCA